GAAAAAAAAGCAGAAGUUUGGGUUCUGUUCUGUUAAGAUAGUCGUUCACUCCAGUCUUUAUACAAUACGAAAAUACAUGGGUUUUGUGAAUCUACUGGAUGGGUCUGGAUGGGCAGAUUGGGGCAAGCAUAAGGGCCACAGUUGGAGAAGUAAUUUUGUGGCUAAUGCAGUAUUAUACAGAAACAUGAGGGGCGCACAUUGAUGCAAGUACCUUUAAUGAAAGUUACUGCAGGAAAAAAAAGUUUCCCACUGUGCUUGCUGUUGUAAGUGAGCCUACAUGUGAGACACUAGUUGUAUUUCAAUAAAUAUCUCAUUAUCCAAAACGAAUAUUUAGGAACACUUUUUUUGUUACUGGCCCUUUAUAUUUCUGCUCUAGUUAUUUCCAAAUAGCCAUUUCUCCACCUCAUAAAGUCACAUGACACCGAAUGAAAACAGACGAGUGCAAAGCAGCUUGGCAGAAGGAUAACAGCUCUGCGUUCUGAUAACUACAGCGGAAACACAACAAGGUAGACAAAAUGGCCUCGAUCCAGACUGAUGACAGUAGUUUUGUGGUUAUAUCUCAGAAGGGUACACAAGAUAAUUCAGAAGAUAGAACAGAUCAGAAUACAAGAGGACCACAAGAUCUACCAGAGUCACUCAAAUUAUUUUUCUCAGGAGAACCUGAAGCUCUUGGGGUAACUCAGAUAUUUACAGCAAUUACGCUUUUUUUGUGUGCCAUAAUUUGGGGCAUAACUGAGAGUUAUGCAUUUCAGCUUCUGUUUUCAACUGGUGUGUCCCUUGUGUCUGGACUCAUGUGUAUUCUUGCUGGCUCACUCUCGGUUGCUGCUUCUAACAGACCAACCAUAGCAAAGGUGAAAGCCAGCCUGGUACUCAACAUACUGAGCUCAAUAGUAGCAUUUCUUGCAAUCCUAAAUUUCAUUGUGGUCCUCUUGUUUUUCAAUUAUAUCCACCAUGGAAUGCAUACAAAUUAUUGCAAAUGUUAUCAGGAAAACUCAUCGUGUGAAGGAAGAUUUUCUACAUGGACCGUAAUGUUUGGUAUAACUAUCAUUGUUUUGUUUUGCAACAUUUUGGAGUUUUGUAUCAGCACAUCCACAUCAGUUUUUGCAUGCAGAACUAUGUGCCUGAGGUCUUUCAAUGAAGUGAAAGUGGUGGUUUAUCAGCGCGCUACUACAAACAUAGGACACUCUAGCACAGCUGCUGUUGAGAACAGACUUUCUGAAGAUGAUGAGACUUGUACCACAAGGCUUUCUCAACAGGAUGAUGAGAACGAUGCAAAGAAAGAGUGAUUUAGUGUUGGCACAAAAUUCAUCUUGCUUCAGCUGAGACAUAUGGGGAUGCUGUCCCAUACAUAAUAAACCCAAUAUAAAUGUGUCACUGGUAACAUAGAUAAAUAUGCACUUUUUAUGGAUAAUAUGCUCAUGAUGCAUGUUUGACCUGGAUCUGUAAGAGAAUGACUUGAUUAUUAACAUUCUUUAUUUACAACUCCAUUGAAGGCACUAGUGGCCCUAAUAAAACAAUGUGUAGCAUUCA